AUGUCAAGAUAAGAAUCUCCAAAACCAAUCAAAUAUCAAUCAUAGGAAGAAAGAUUAAAGAAAUUAUUCAUGAAAACAGCUCUUAAUUCUCUACGCAAGUAUUUUAAUAAUAAAAGUCUUCCUUAUCAUCCUUUGAUAACUUGCGUAAGUAUAAAACCUGGAUGUAUUAAUCGAUGUGCCUCUCUAUAAUCAUAUCCUAACUAAACUGUUUGGAAAUCACUAGUAGAGCUCCCCUUAAUCAAUAUAAUAAGAAGUUGCUGAGUUUCU